UCUCAUUAAACAUGCAGAGCCGACAUCACACAUUUCUUACAGUAGCAGCCAUUAUCGCCUUGUAUUGGACUGUGUCAAUUUCCAUGGUGUUUUUCAACAAGCACCUGCUCAGCGGUUCCUAUGGCGACGUGGACCUAUCCAUUUUCGUGGCUUGGUAUCAAAGUUUGGCAGCUAUAGCCUUCAUACAAUUCAUCGGACUCUUUCAAAAAAUGCGGAAAAAAUCUCUUCAAAUACCGGAAGUUGAUAUCCAAGCUCUCUUCCAAAAAGACAUGUUGAAAAUAUCUUUAACCACUGUUAUAAUGAUAGUGAUGAACAAUCUGAUGCUGAAGCACAUCGGGGUGGCCUUCUAUCAGGUGGCCAGGUCCUUUACACUGGUUUUUACUGUCGUCCUCUCCGCCAGCAUGCUAAAGCAGCCACUCACAUGGAAAGUCUCUUUAGCUUGCCUGUUCAUUAUAGCAGGGUACUUAAUUGGAAUUGACGAGGAAAACAACAUUGGGACACUGAGUUUAUGGGGCAUAAUGUAUGGCCUAUUGGCUAGUUUGAGCGCCGCAGUGUGUGGGAUCUACAACAAACGCUUUGGAAGUGCACCAAAUAUUGACAGUUUAAAGCAGGCGUACUAUAACAACAUCAACAGUUGUCUGUUCUUGGCUCCACUGGUUUAUAGCACUGGGCAAGCGGGUCAGGUGUUCGAAUCGAUCGAGAUGACAUCCGUGAAAUUCUGGGUUUUCAUGACUGUGUCAGGGGUCCUGAGCCUCGCUGUGGCGUGGGUUAGUACUCUACAAAUUAGAGUUACUUCCCCUGUGACUCACCACAUCAGUAUUACUGGGCGGUCAGUAGCUCAGACUAUUAUUGCCAUCCUUUAUUACAGAGAGCAGAAAACAAUGUGGUGGUGGUGUGGGAAUUUAUCCGUUGUUUCCGGUGUUUUGUUGUAUGCUUGGUUGAAAUCGUACAAACUGAAUCCAUCCAAAGAUAAGUCGGUGUUGCUAUACAAAACUUGAACUUGU